AUGAUAUCGGUAAGAUUCUAUGGAACUACAGCAUAUCUUAUAGACAAAAGUCUUAUACCAAUAGUUUUGUUAUGGUUAGACCCAGUUGUUGGAUAUAACUUCAUAACUUAUGGUUCAUUCGAUACGGAACGUUGCAGUGAAGGCUUACUUUACAUCGUUCAGAAACCGAAGGACUUCAAUACAAAGAGAUAUAAGAUAGGAAGAACAUAUAAUAUAACUCAAAGAUAUGACUCUACAGUCAAUAGAGUCAAGGUUGUGUUCGUUAACGAUAUGAGAGCUGCUGAAACAGAACUACUUGAAAAGUUUGAGAAAAUGUAUGGUGCUCCCACGAAAGGUAAAGAAACGUUUGAAGUAGAUGAGAUAGAUAAAGCUAUAAAAUUAUUUGACGAAGUUGCUGAAAAAUACAUGUAA